AUGACGACUAUAAUGAGUACCAAUAUUAACAAUACCAAGUCAUUUAAAACCAAAUUGAAAACAAUAAAGAAGGAAUUGAUGUCUACCUCCACAUAUACAUUGACUAGAUGUAAAUCAACCACAUCUUCUACAACAUCAACAGUAGCAUCAGCAUCAGCAUCGACGCCUUAUUCAAGUCCUUAUUCGAGUAAUAAUACAUCACCUAGAUCAGUUGUAUCGGCUACGUUUGUAUCAUCUACACCUGAUUUGAGUCAACAACCACAACAUUCAUCUUCGUCUACCUUUAGAUAUCGAAGUCUGUCAUUCUCACAGCCAUUUGUCAAACUUACUCAAAUCAACCAUAGCCAUCAAAAUAACAAGCACAGCAGUCCUCAUUUCCUUCAUCUACCAUUACAUGCUCAACGCCAAUCAUCAAACACCAGCACAACACCAUUGUCUUCUCCUUCUUAUGAACCAACAUAUGACACUUGUAUACCUUUAGAUUAUGACCAUUUUACAUACACAAACACCGCAUCACCUAAACUCACUCCCGAAGAAGAUGAAUCAUGCAAUGGCAACUACUACCACUACUACGACGACAGUAUUAACAGCAGUAACAAUGAUAAUAAAUGGAGUUCUCACCAUGCAGCCUGUAUAAAGGAAGAAGUUAUAAUCCCCCCAUUACCCGAUAUCCAUGAGUUCAGUUCGAGACAUAACCACCACCACCAUCAAAGUGCUCCUAGUAUUAUUGGCAACAAUUCAAGCACCAGCUUGAAUCGAUACAAUAAUAGUAAUAAUAAUAGUAAUGGCAUAAGUCGGAAUGGAAGUGCCAAUAUGAGUCGAAGUGUGAGUUUGGACAGUACUAAUUUGUCGCUUGGUGACAGCGGGACACCAACUCCAUAUUGUUCCAAUACUCAUUCCAAGACUAAUUCAGUUGAUGAAAGAGGCAUAUAUGGUAAGGGUGAAAAAAGUGCUGAUAAUGAGAAUGCGGUUGUUGGCGUUGGUAACAAUGAAGGGAAUAGGGAGGACGAUUUGGCUACUAAUAUAUUGAGUGUAAUCAAUAUGAAAGAGAUCAGUUGGGAUAUUUGA